AUGGAUCCCUGGGCCAACAAUGUGCUCAUGACAAAACGCUGGUUUUGCGUUGAGAUGACCGACGAUGUGUACUAUAUCAAGCAUUACUUUGAGUCUACCGAUUACUGUCUCUUGGUGACCAACCUACGUCAAGUGUGGAGCGACACAGCUCAUGCGCCCGACAUUAUUGCUCAAGCGACACGGCAUCAUCUUGAUAUUGACAGCGACGAUCAGGUGGAGCAGUUGCUUACAGAGCUAUGGGUGCUUUUGAACGACCUGGGUCGUUGUGAGUUUCAGCGUGAUCAUCCCCAUGGAAACCGUCGUAAAGAUGUACUGAAGAUUGUAUGCAAGGAAAACAAGGGAAUCGCAUCACUUACGUGGACCUUUGAGUGCAAACCUGUGGAUGAUGCUUCGGCUGUUUUGUACGACCACUUUAUCUCUCCUAUGCUAUGCAUGAUGUCAAAUAAAGAGGGCAAUGGCAAAAAGUGCUUGGAUGAUGCAUGGUUGACGGGAUUGGCAGCAGCGUCUAAAGCGAUGGUAGAUGAAGCGGCUGCUGCUGCUGCUGAAGCUGAAAAGGAAGAGCGUGAGAGUGUACCAGAAGAUGUCCAAACAAAACAAGAGGAAUCGGCUUCACCGAGUAUAGCGAGUUCUUUGUCAUCAUCCCAGAACAAAGAGACACCCGAGUCAAUCGCCGAGGAGGAGACAAAGAGUAAAAAGCGGCUAGAAGAGGAGAUUGAUGAAGAACGACGACAACAUCGACAAAAGCGAAAGAGGGUGUUUCGAUAA